ACGGCAGCGGAACUGCUGGAAAAAGAGCCGCUGGACGAAACACCGUCCCCGCUGACGCAGCCGCCUUGUUGCGUUGCUGUUUCUGGCCCACGGCUUCGGGACAGACGUGUCCUUCCCUGGCUUGGGGAGCAGCGCGAAGCCAUCGGGAGCGCCCCGUACGCCCAGCCCCUAGCGUGCGAUGCCUCUCUUUGGGAACACCUUCAGCCCGAAGAAGACCCCCCCCAGGAAAUGCGCCUCUCUCUCCAACCUGCACUUGCUGGAUAGAUCAACCCGUGAGAUUGAGCUGGGCCUGGAGUACGGCAUUCCCACCAUGAACCUCGCUGGCCAGAGCCUCAAGUUUGAAAAUGGCCAGUGGGUGGCAGAAUCAGGAAGCUUCACAGGGGAUCGCAGGGAAAUGCAGCGCUUGCGCAAACGAAAUCAGCAGCUAGAGGAAGAAAACAACCUCCUUCGGCUGAAAGUGGAUAUCCUGCUGGACAUGCUCUCUGAGACUACAGCCGAGUCCCACCUGAUGGAGAAGGAGCUGGAGGAACUGAAGAACCACAGCCGGAGGAGGAAGUGAAGAAGAGGUGGCUGGAGGAUGGGGGAGCGAGGAGGCUGGCUUUGAGUCUCAGGUGUCCCUGCCCAUGGGAUGCCGGGCCUGCCUUGGGCCUCCUAGCUGUGUCGGUACGGCGUGUAGGUACUUUGUUCCACAGGACCGCGAGUAACGAGGUGCCUCCAGUGUUGUGUGAGGCUGUAGGUACCAUGUAACGGCUGGUUCAUCCCCCCAACAGGUCACGCCGUGACACUGUUCAUUAACACUCACAUUUUUUCUCAGAUCACUUUACCUUGCUGUGUUUCCUCACCACAGCACAGCAGUUGGUACCCUCUUUCCUAAGGCAGCUUGACAACAGGCAGUGGAGAAGAUCCACCUCUGGGUGGGCCCCUCCCCACCUUCUAUGCUUAAAAGCGCAGGGAGACCCCCGCCCGCCCCCCAAAUCUGUCCCCUCGGGGAAGCCUGUGGGGGCUUGUACAGGUUCCACUGCUUG